UUCCAUUAAGACUAAAAAUUCAAGAAUCAGAAAACUGAAAAUCUCUUCAAUGGCGUCGAAGAGACGUGAUAUUUGUAUGAUUGAUGAACUUGGUGCCAAGAAAAAAGCAAAGGUUGAUGAAGCUGAAGAAGACGAUACAUCACAGCUUCCAGUAGCUCCAUCGAGGGUUCUCCUUAACGCUGCCGAUUGUGAUUUAGAUUUCAAUGUUGAAGGAAAUGGACUACUAGGUUCAGGGCUUUAUGAACAUGGAUUUGCAUAUUGUUGGUCAGGUGCUCGAGCCAAUAUGGGAAUCACUGGAGGAAAGUACUGCUUUGGUUGCAAAAUUGUUGCAGAGCAGCCCGUAAACAUGGAAGAUACACCACUAGACCAACAACAGAUCUGUCGUGUUGGCAUCUCAAGGGGAGAUGAUGCUGUAGGAAACCUUGGGGAAACCCUGCACAGUUUUGGGUUUGGAGGUACUGGAAAAUUUUCAAGUCAAGGAAAGUUUUCUAAUUAUGGUGAAAGAUUUGGGGUUGGUGACACAAUAAUUUGUUGUGUUGACCUUGAGUCCAGCCCUCUGGCUUCCAUAGGUUUCUCUAAAAAUGGAAAGUGGCUGGGAACAUCAAAGCAAUUUAAUGCAGGACCAGGUCCAACUGGUCUUGAAGUGGUGGAUUGCCCAAUGAAAAAUCUACAUUGGCAUUCAGCUCUUUUCCCUCAUGUGUUGCUUAAAAAUGUAGUUGUGCACAUGCAGUUUAGCAUAGAUGACGGACUAGCUCCAGUAGAAGGAUAUAAACCGUGGUCUUGUGUCAUGGAAGAUGGGAAAGCCAUUCCAGGCCCUAGUUUUGCGAAUCUGUGCGAUUGUGAAGUUAUGAUGCUGGUAGGACUACCUGCUUCCGGUAAGAGUACCUGGGCUGAGAAAUGGGUUAAGGAACAUCCAGAAAAGCGAUAUGUUUUGCUUGGAACUAAUUUAGCUUUGGAUCUAAUGAAGGUUCCCGGUUUGCAGCGCAAACAAAAUUAUAGUGGAAGAUUUGAACGUUUAAUGGAUCGUGCUACUGGUAUAUUCAACACUCUUUUGUCUAGGGCUUCCCAGAUUCCUCGUAAUUUCAUAAUUGAUCAGACAAAUGUCUACAAAAAUGCCCGGAAGCGCAAAUUGAAGCCCUUUGCAAACUAUAAGAAGAUAGCUGUUGUGAUUGUUCCAACACCUGAAGAGCUCAAGUUCCGUGGUGAGAAGCGGUUCAAAGAAAUGGGGAAAGAAGUUCCUGCCGAAGCAGUAAAUCAGAUGUUAGUGAAUUUUGUUUUACCUAUGAGCAAAGACAUGCCUCGAGCAGAUGAGUACUUUGAUGAGGUACGAUUUGAAGAACUUGGCAGGGCGGAGGCUCAGAGAUGCUUGGAUGAGAUGAAAGCAAACAUGAAUUCAAACAAGGAAGUUACCCCUUAUUCUCGUGAAAGUUCUGUGCAGUCACAUAAUAGCCUGUCGAUGCAGUACCCUUUUGAGGCAUACCAGCAGUCGUACAGCGGUUCAUCACCACACAGUCUCAGAAAUGUACCAGGUGGACAUCUAAAUAGUUCGUAUGCUCAGCCUCCACUUCAAGCACCUCAUGAAACCUUCUACGCAACCCCUUCCAGUUACAACCCCAUAGGUGAUUUCGGUCACCAUGGAAGUCACAGUGCCUACGGUGAUUCAAGGGGAUUUGACAUGGAAGCUAGAUCAGCUAUCCAUGAAGGGAUCUAUGAGUCUCAUGUGGGUUCUGGAGCUUGGAAUGCAGCUGAGUUACACCAGAGCAGCAUGAAUGAUCCCUACCUGAGUAUGUCUGGUGGUUCUGGAGCUCGGAAUGCAGCUGAGUUACACCAGAGCAGCAUGAAUGAUCCCAACCUGAGGAUGUCUGGUGGUUCUGGAGCUUGGAAUGCAGCUGAGUUACACCAGAGCAGCAUGAAUGAUCCCAACCUGAGGAUGUUUGGUGGUUCUGGAGCUCAGAAUGCAGCUGAGUUACACCAGGGCAGCAUGAAUGAUCCCAACCUGAGGAUGUCUGGUGGUUCUGGAUAUCUACCUCCUGAUUCAAGAGGACCGUUUGAAUCGGGGAUGGCUACACCAUAUGGCUUUCGUUCUGUCUUUCCAUCAGGCUUUUCUCAAGGGGUUCCAGCUCCGAGGCCACAGCAUGAAAAUUAUCCCUCUGGAGCACAAUAUCCUGGGGUAUACGCUCCACAAGGGGUUCCAGCUCCGUGGCCACCACAUGAAAAUUAUCCCUCUGGAGCACAGCAUCCUGGGGUAUAUGCUCCACCUGGUCCCAGAUACUACUGAUUGUGGAAACUGCAUGAAAUUCAGAAACACUGAAUAUGAUUGCUUGUUUUUAAUUUACUAAAGAAUCAAUUGGUGUUAGCAUAUAGAGAGGUUGGUUAGGAUUUCGGAACUGGAUCAUAUAAUUUGUGUGU